AAUUAAUUACGUAAUGUACAAAUUAAAAAUGCAAUCCUUUUACUACUACAAGGAAAAGCUUUCCGACGAUUAUGAUAUGAUGACAGCAGCUAGAAUCGAUCGGGACUAUAUACUACGUAUGUGAUUCUAAUUAUUUGCCGACAUGCCGUAUAUAACUCCAUAUAUAUAUACAGCUAGUCCUUGAAGUUCAUAGCAUAGGAAGCUAAUAUAUAAGCCUUAUCGUCCCGCAAUAUACAUAACAUAAUGGAAUUCAGUGUAGAAGGGUUGGAAUUGAGUACUUUGGAGCACAAGAAUGAACCAUGGUCAUCAACGGAAGGCGAAGAAGACAACAAUGAGGAAGACUUCUUCGCGGUCGCAAUUUACAAAAAAAUACGGGUAUUCGGCGUUGACCACAAAUUCAUGCACCAAACCAGGGAACAGCUCCAAGCAGUUUUCCCUCUGCGCCACUCAUGGCUGCAAACCGAUGAUGAUGGUGGUGGUGGUUCCGUGGGGCACCAAAAGUUGGAAAACUGCCUCAAGAAAAGCGGCUUGCCGGAACGCAUUGCCGCGCAAAUCGUGUCCUUUUACCACCAACAGCGCAGCAACAUGUCGCCUGGCCGCGGGCGAUCUUCCGCCCGCGGGGACGCCAAUAACAUGUCGUCUGGCCGUGGGCGAUCUUCCGCCCGCGACAGCGUAACGGUGCCACUCAUUGUCACUAAAACCCUAGUGAAGAUGUACAUGUGGUCGCUGCCGCGGGAUAUCGCCGUGGACGGGCUCUUGAGGCUCACGUCGGUUCUUUAUAAUUUGAAGGUCGCCAGAGCCUUUGACGGCGCGGAGGAGUGUUCGGUGUGCCUGGAAACGAUGGGGAGAGGAGAAAAAGUGUUUCGCGCGGCGAACUGUUCGCACCACUUUCAUGCACUUUGUCUGCUUCGGUGGCUGGAUACUGAUGCCAAAACCUGCCCAUUGUGCCGUUGCCCUUUUGCCGAAUCGCCUUACAUUAGGGUUUUGACUUAGAGAUAGAACAUCCCCAAAUUAGAACUAAAACAAUGUAUAUUUUCUAAAAUACUCUGGAUGUAGUAGUUACAUUUUUUAAGGCUCAGAAACCUGUAGUUAGAAUUCUAUUUUGUUCUUUCGGAAUGUUUUUAUUUGGACCGUUUUUUUGUCCAAGACCAAAU